AUGCCAUUAGCAGCGAGGACCGUAGGAUCUCAGCUGCUAGUCGGUGCACACGUCAGUGCUGCGGGAGGCGUCCAAAAUACGAUUGCAAACUGCGUUCGCAUUGGUGGAAAUGCAUUCGCCCUGUUUCUCAAAUCGCAGAGGAAAUGGAACAAUCCUCCACUCUCGGAGGAACAUCUUAAGCUAUUCCAGGGAGCCUGCAAGACUCACAACAUCGAACCUUCCAAGACUGCUGUCCCCCAUGGAUCCUACUUGGUCAAUCUGGCGCAUACCGACGCAGAUCGCACGACUCAGGCAUACAAUUGCUUUCUUGACGAUCUUACCCGCUGCCACAAGCUUGGUAUCAAGCUGUACAACUUCCAUCCAGGCAAUAGCGCCAGCUCAACUCGAGAAGAAGCUAUCGCUCAUAUCGCCGGAAACCUGAACCGUGCCCAUGCCGAUGAGACAACAGGGUCCGUCAUUACUGUCCUGGAGACAAUGGCGACUUUGGGCAAUACGGUAGGUGGCACCUUUGAAGAUCUCGCCGCCAUCAUUGCCCUUAUCACAGACAAAUCCCGUGUUGGCAUUUGUAUCGAUACGUGCCACGUCUUUGCCGCGGGAUACGAUCUCCGAACUCUCGAGGCUUUUAAGGCGACUGUGGAGAAGUUUGAUCAAACCGUUGGUUUCAAGUACCUCAAGGCUCUCCACGUCAACGACUCCAAGGCUCCUUUUGCAAGCUAUCGGGACCUCCAUGCCAACAUUGGUACCGGUUUCCUCGGCCUGCGCGCUUUCCAUAAUCUCGUCAACGAGCCAAGACUCUGGGGACUCCCAAUGGUGCUGGAAACUCCGAUUGAGGUAGUCACUAGCGACGGCAAGAAGAGCGAAGACGAAGGUAUAUACGCCCGCGAAAUCAAGCUCCUGGAGAGUCUUGUGGGAAUGGACGUUGAAUCAAAGGAAUUUCUGGACUUGGAAAAGAAUCUCCAUGCUCAAGGGGCGAAGGAGAGAGAAAGAGUGCAGGACCAAGUCACUAGGAAGGACAAGGCAGUGAAGGAAGGCAAGAAGGGCAAGGGAAAGGGGAAGAAGUCUAAAAAUAACGAGGCUAAUGACGAAGAGGAUUUGAGCGAGUCUGGAUGA